GUACUUGGGUUGUCAUUUCAGCUGGAGAGGAUCAGUCAAUGAAUAGCUUGAUACAUUUUUAUAAGUGUCCAGCUGAGCAAAAUUUAGAACAAACAGUGAACUUAUUGCAGUCUGGACAGCAGGAUCAGAGCAACCUUGUCAAAACAGUGUGAAGAUAUGAAAAAAAUCAAAGGACAAAUAGAGGAGAGAGGAUACUGGGGGAGUAAAACAGAGUUUAUUUUAGCUGUUGCAGGGAUUGUGAUUGGUCUGGGUAAUGUGUGGAGAUUUCCUUACCUCUGCUACAAGAACGGCGGAGGGGCGUUCCUGAUACCCUACCUGGUGUUUGUGGUUACCUGUGGGGUCCCUCUGUUCCUGCUAGAGACAGCUAUGGGACAGUACACACAGGAAGGGGGCAUUACUUGUUGGCGUCGGCUUUGUCCACUGGCUGAGGGUAUUGGCUAUGGAGGACAACUAAUUAUUUUGUACAGCUGCAUGUAUUACAUUAUCAUUCUGGCCUGGGCGCUUUUCUACCUCAUCUUCUCUUUUAGCUCCCAACUGCCAUGGGCCAGCUGUGACAACACCUGGAACACAGGUGAACAUUUGAAACAAAACUCAGAAAAAGCUCAGAACUAUCUAAUGAAUAUCAUACAGUAUAAGAAUAUCCUGGAGCAGUGGUUAGUUAACUUUUUUUUCGUCGUCUCUGUUUUAGAUGACUGUGUGAAUCUUGCUGCAAACAAUCUGACCCUCAACCGGACAAUGCUGAUUAAUUCAACUUCAUCGGUUACCGAGUUCUGGAGAAACAGAGUUCUGUCUCUCUCUGGAGGUAUUGAGGAGAUCGGUCAGAUCAACUGGGAGAUUCUACUGUGCCUUAUUGUAAUGUGGAUCAUAUGUUAUUUCUGUGUCUGGAAAGGAGUCAAAUCCACAGGCAAGGUGGUGUAUUUCACAGCUACAUUUCCUUAUGUGAUGCUGCUUGUGUUGCUGAUUCGUGGGUUGACUCUUCCUGGAGCUCUGCAGGGGGUUGUGUUUUACCUGUACCCUGAACCAGCCCGUCUCUUUGACCCGCAGGUUUGGAUGGAAGCAGGAGCUCAGAUCUUUUUCUCCUAUGCUUUGGGUACAGCCUCUCUUACUGUAUUAGGCAGCUACAAUAAAUACAACAACAACUGCUACAGGGACAGCUUAUGGCUUUGCCUUCUGAACAGUGGUACCAGUGUGGUAGCAGGUUUUGCUGUGUUCUCAGUCUUGGGCUUCAUGGCUCAAAAACAGGGUGUCCCCAUUGAGGAGGUGGCAGAAUCAGGUCCAGGACUAGCAUUCAUAGCUUAUCCACAGGCAGUAGCUAUGAUGCCGUGUCCACAACUGUGGGCUGCUUGUUUCUUCAUUAUGAUUAUUUUGCUCGGGCUAGAUACACAGUUUGUUGCGAUGGAAGUUUUCAUGACAUCAGUGAUGGACCUGUACCCCAUGGUGCUGCGCAAAGCUGGACGUCGAGAAAUAUUCCUCCUGCUUUUCUGUCUUUUUUGCUUCUUCAGCCAACUUAUCAUGGUUACAGAGGGGGGGAUGUAUGUAUUCCAGUUGUUUGACUACUAUGCCUGCAGUGGAGCCUGUCUUCUUUUCCUCUGUGUGUUUGAGUCUCUGGCCAUGGGUUGGGUCUUUGGGGCUGAGAGAAUGUUUGAUGUCAUUGAAGACAUGACCAGCUCACGACCCAACUACAUAUUCAUGCUGUGCUGGAAAUACCUGACUCCUCUCGUAUCUGUGGUGUCUUUUGUCUGUUCCCUUGUGAAGUACAAACCCCUCACUUUUAACCGCUGGUAUGUGUACCCGGACUGGGCGUAUGUGCUAGGCUGGUUACUGGCCCUGUCCUCCAUCAUACUGGUGCCUGCAUGGGCGCUGGGUCAACUGAUUAUUAUAAAAGGAAGCUUAAAACAGCGCUUGCGUCACCUGUGUAGUCCUGACAAAAACCUCCCUGUCACCUGUAAGCAACAAACUCAAAUACAAGAAAAUACACUCAUCACAGAGAUGGAAGUCUUUGUCAAGUGCUGUACAAAGUAAAAAAAUAAAAUAAAAAAGUUUGAAUAAAUCGAAAAACAUUAUUUUCCCUAUUUCUGAAGGCUCACUCUUGCUGUUUAUUUCCACUUGUUUUUAGUGAUCUUUGUAAUAUAAUCAGCUAUUCACAUAAUCAGCUGUUCAUAGGUUAUUGCACUGUCCUUGUGCCUUCACGUUUGUAAAAUAUUUUAUUUUGUUUUAAAUAAAGCAUCUUUAAAAAAAAUAAUUG